AAAAACAUAUAAAGAUGGCAAGCUCAAGCUCAAGCUCUAAUCUGCAUGUCACACUAGAAGUUGGAGAAGAAAACACAUACCCAUACCCAUCACAUGUUUAUAAUACCCACAGUUUUCUUACCUUGAAGUUGAGUGGAAGGGGUGAGUAUGGUAUUUGGAAAACACAGAUGAUAUGUCUCUUAGAGAGUCAUGGUAUGUUUGGUAUCAUUGAUGGAACACUCGUAAGCCCUGAAACCAGUAGUAGUGUUUUUGGGAAGGAGAAGGUGGGUGACCAUCAAACUCAAUACAGGCUGUGGAGAAGAUCAGAUGCCCUGGUGAAGGGUUGGAUUCUUGGUUCCCUCUCUAAAGAAAUACUCGGGUAUGUUGUGAAUCGUCUCACAAGAAAACUCCAUCAAGAGACAAAUUCAGAUCAUGAUUUCAGUGCAAAAGAUGUUUGGGAUGAACUGCAGACACUGUAUGCUCCUGUUUUUCCAAAACUACCUCCAGUUAUUGCACCUCCUGUUGGUGCAGAUACACCACAAGAUGAAGACAUAGCAGGGGAUCUCCAUAACUUGUACAGUAAUAUUCAACGAGGAUAUUGGGAAUGGGUCGAAUAUACAUUGAAUGGGGGAAGGGUUACAGAGAUAGACAAAAUCACGAAUAAUGGCAACACCUCGCUCCAUGUAGCAGUCGGUACUUCCAAGAAGUGGGAAUUCUUAGAGAUAUUAUUGGAAAAGAUACCGGAGAACACACAACUAAUAGAUGUGACAAAUUCAGAAGGAAGCACACUGCUUCAUGUCGCUGCCAUUAUUGGCAACACUGAUGCUACAAAGAUCUUGGUGGCAAGAAACCAAGAUUUGUUGUUGGCGGAAGACAAAGAAGGUCAGACACCACUAGCCUUGGCUCUUUCUAAUAUGCAUAUGGAGACAGCCCGGCAUCUGCUGCAACACAUCAAUACUGAUACACAGAAGGAUGCUCUGUUUUCUGGCACAACUGGUGAUGGCCUUCUAGUUACUCUUAUUUCCUCUAAAGAUUUCCAUAAGUGUCAACUGGACUCAAAAUCCAGUAGUGAAAAACCUGCACAUUUAAUUGGCUGAUUUUGGAAUAUAUGUAGGCUUUGCAAUAGAUUUGUUGGCGCAUUACAAAACAUUGAAUAGUGAUGCUGUGUUGAUGGC